CACAUUUUCCCGGUGCGGUCCUCCUCCUGCUGCCUCCGUGUGCUCCGUGCGGCGCAGCGCGGCCAUGGUGGACUCUCCCAGCGCGAUGAAGAAGACCUUCUCGGUGCCGGAGAUCAAACCGCUGGACAAGUACGACUUCAGCCGGGCGAAGAUCUGCGCCAGCGUCCGGUGGCUGCUGUCGAAAUCGUACGGCUCUGCAGAAAAUGUCCCUGUGGAGUUGCGGGAGCCGCUGUACAAGGACCAGUAUGACCAAGAGCACCUCAAGCCAGCCGUCUCCAAGCUGCUACUCUCCCCGGAGAUCUACUGCAGAGCCCAGGCCCUGCUGGCACAGGCGCAGGGGGUCUCUCAGCCAGCGUCACAGGGGUCCCCGGCGGACAACUCGGCCCUGCUUCAGUUCCUCAUUAAGAAAGGUUUCGCUUCAAAGGUCCAGGAUGCAGACGUCACAGAGGAGGACCUCAGCUCCACCCCUAUCAAGACGAAAGCCCACCUCGCCCUGAUUGAUGCCCUGAUGACGCUGGUUGCUAAAGACACGGUGGGCAGGGUGAAGAUGGCGGUGGAGGCGGAGCAGAUGGGUGUCGGGGCUCCGUGGGAGAACGCUCUGCUCUUCUGGGUCAACAGGCUGAACCAGAAGUUGAGAGAAGUCACAGAAGACGAAGACCCCACCAAGUCACAGACAUGCACAGACCUGCAGUCUGCUCAGGAAAAUUGUCAAUCCAACCGUUGGUACUGGAAACUAGUCCCCCAUGCUAUCGCUUUUUGUUUGAAGGAGUCGGGGAAUAAGCCGCCAGUGAUUCGCUAUAGGAAGGACAAAGUGCAGUCCAAGCUGACGCCUACUUUCCCUCUGGUCUCUGCGGUCAAAGAUCUGUCUAAUGGCUGCGCUAUAGCUGCUGUGUUGCACUACUACUGCCCCAGCUUGCUGCCCCUAGAGGAUGUGUGUCUGAAGGACACCAUGUCAGUGGCCGACAGUCUGUACAACCUGCAGCUGAUCAAAGAGUUUUGUGAGAGCAGUUUACAGAGCUGCUGUCCCCUCGCUGUGGAGGACCUGCUCUACGCUCCACCCGCCCUGCAUCUGAACAUUAUGAGCUUCAUAGCUGAGCUGCUGGAGUGGUUUGAGGUUAAGAAGCCUGAUUUUGUCAAACCCAUAGAACCCAUCGACCUCACAGAUGUAUCAGGAUUGCUAGACUGUACAAGUCCUGUCAGUGGGAACAGCAACAGUGGUUCUCCUUCCUUCAUCUUCAAACAGCCCUUUGUGCCCAUCAGCUCCCCUGUAUCACCAGAGCACAAAAGUUGGACAAAGAAGCAAAUCAGUCGUCCCCUGUCCGCAGUGACUUUCAGCAUCCCAUUUGGGCUGGACAGUGAUGUUGACAUUGUCAUGGGAAACCCAAUAGAUUCUGUCUUUCGCUCCGUCAGCAAUGACAGCCUCACCACCGGCAUCCCCGCAAUGACUUCACCGGUGACAUCAGCAGGGAUGAAUUGUGUCCCGUACAGCCCUCCAGAGGAACUCAGCCACCUGGUCAGCGCUUCUGCUCCAUCGCAGCGCUCUUCGUGGGGGCCUUACGCACACACAACUCCACUGGGAGAGCUGCCGACCAUCGAGGAGGCGCUACAGGUGGUUCAUACCCCAGGCAGCAAAGAUCGGAGGAAGGGAAGGACAGCAGAGAAAAGUGGAAGAGGAAUGCUGGGAGGAAGGCAAGAGCCCAGGUUACGUCCAGAAGGAGCCCCUGCUGGUUUCUUCCUACACUCCCCUGAAGAGGAUAAUUCACAGCUCAGUAGCUCUGCUCCCUGUCGUUCUGGAGUCCUCCACCGGCCUGUUGGUGGAGAAGGGGGUGACAAUGAAAGGCAAGGAAGGGGAGAGAGGAGGGAGAGAUCAGGACGCACCUCUGAUAUGUCACGUGAUGAUGAUUCUGUUCUACGAGAUGGCAGCGUUGACUCCUCUGAAGCAUCUGAUGAUACCCCUAGAAACGCCCCUGGUAAUAUUCGACCGGGUAAUGGUCGCCAGGGAAACAACAGCACCAGCAACAGUCCACGCAUGACAAGCUUUGCUGAGCGACGAGACAACAGAAAAAGACACCCCGCUGCUCCUGGGGAGGAGUCAGCUUCUGCUCCAACCCCAACAACCCCAGGAACUCCACAUACACCCUCCACCCCAGCAGGGGCACCUGGCCGCCAGGACAGCCCAAGUCCCAGAGGCCCUGAACUGAGCUCUGACGCCUGGGAGUUGGGAGCUCGUCUGGAGGAAAAACGCAAAAGCAUCGAAGCCCAAAAAAGACGUAUUGAAGCCAUCUUUGCCAAGCACAGGCAGAGGCUUGGAAAAACUGCUUUCCUUCAACUGAAAAGAGAGCAAGGAGAGGGAGGAGGGGAGGGCGUGGAGGAGGACAGUCUCACCCUGGAGGAGCGCCUCACUUGCAUGGAGGAACAACUGAAACAGGAGGAGGAGAGGGAAGAGAAAGAAAAGGAUGGAGAGAAGGAGAAAGAGAAGCCAUCUGUCUCCAAUCCUCCUCGGCUGGAGAAGCAGGUCACAUUUUCUAUUGACAGUAAAAAAGGGGAGGAGAAAGAAAAAGGAGGUGAAGCUGUUUUAGUGGAAUGCAAUGAAGUGGUGCAGAAACUGAGUGAAGCUCUACAGUCACUACAAAGGGACAUGCAGAAACUUACAGAACAACAACAGCAGCUCAUGGGCAACCAAAGACCUAGAAAUACACCCAAAGCUGCUCCAAAAUCAACAAUUAGAGGUACCACCAAAACACCACCCAAAACUCCUCCUCACACCCCAACAAAGACACCACCAAGAACCCCAACGAAGACUUCUACGAGGAGUGCCAGUAAAGCUUGGGUGAUUCCUGGUCCCAGUACCCCCGCUGCCUCCUCCCCAUCACGGCGUUCCCACCCUGUUUCCUCUUCUACCUCCCCAAAGACUAUCAUCUCCUCCUCCUGCCCAGCUCCUCGCACUAAGAUCCACUCCUCCUCCACUCCCCGCAGCCCCAAGCACCACCCACGGGCCCAUCAUCAGCCUCACCCAAGGCCUUCCGAACUCAAAUUCCCCCCACUCAACCGUGUCUUGGCCCCAACCCAAAACGUGGACACCCUCCCCCACCUGCGGCGUGUGUCCCCCAGCAAGUGUCAGGUUCAGACCUCUUCUUCCUUCCGUAUUGGUGGGCCUCGGACUCCUCAAGAGCCUCCUCAGCCUACCCAGCAACCACAGCCUGAGGAGAACACCUCGGACACAGGCUCCAGCGAGACACCAACUCAGUUCAGUCUGGAGCUUGAGCAGGAGGAUGUGGAGGCUGUGGGAGGGCUGCCGCUCUUACCACAGCCCGGCCAAGACCGUCUGAGGGCUGGUGGUGGAAGCAGCUCUGGCGCUCCCUCUGAGUGCUCAUUUGAGAGCGAGACUUUGUCCCUUUCUGCUGCAUUCAGCGCAAUAGGUGAAGGCGAGCGAGGUGGAGGUGCAGACAAGCGCAACAGCCUGAUUGAGGUCUCGCUGUCAUCUAUUGGAGGGCCAGAGGGGGGCAGUGAUGAACCAACUGAUGAAGGGCAGGAGUUUUCCUCUGAUUCUAUGAGUGACCACACAGAAUCUGCAGCGGAACCUGCUAGACAACUUGGUGCAGAGCCCCUAGACCCCAUAGAGCAGCUGGAUCUGGCCACAGGAGACGGCAGUUUGUCAGAACAGACAAAACAGACUGAAACUUUGGAACCAUGUGGAGAGCAGAAAGAGCCUGGGACAAGAGGAGGAGUUGGAUUUUUCUUUCAGGAGGAGGUACGUAGUGAGGAGGAGAUGGCCCAGCGUAGAGCUUUGCUGUUGGAAAAACAGCAGAAGAGAACUGAGGAACUGAAGAAAAGGAGACAGUGGAAUGAGCAAGAAAGAGAAAACAGAUCAGGGCCGUCAGACAAAAGAGUGGCAUCUCCCUCCAAAACACCUCCCGCAGGCAUGACCUCACCUUCCCUCACACCUCCCGCUACACCAGCACGCCGGGGAGAUUUCACGCGAGGGGAGUACACACGGCGCAAUCAACUCAGGAUCAUGGAGGACUUGGACAAAGUGCUUCGGCAGAAAACAGCUACUCAAGGAAAAUCUUCCGCUAAGAAAACCCGCUCUCGUCCACGCAGCAUGACCAGAGAGGAAACGCAACUGUCUCUGAGUCCAGCCAAAGGAACAAUAGGCUCUAAGUUGACCAAAGUCUACUCCAACUCCUCCCUUAACCUGACAGCCACGGAUCAGCCAGGAAAAGGAUGUGGUGACUCCACUAAGAAACCCCACAGCCGCCCUGACUCACCUGCAGGAUGUGUGACACCAAGCAAACUGGCAAAUCAGAACGGAGAUAAAGACUGGGAGACUGGUUCCAAUGGAACCUCUCCUGCCCCAGAAUACACAGGGCCAAAGCUCUUCAAAGAACCAAGCUUCAAGUCCAACAAGUUCAUCAUUCACAACGCUCUCUCUCGCUGCUGCCUCGCUGGAAAGGUCAAUGAGUCUCAGAAAAACAAGAUAGUUGAGGAGAUGGAGAAGAGUCCCGCCAACCACUUCCUCAUCCUCUUCCGUGAUUCCAGCUGCCAGUUCAGGGGCGUCUACACCAUGAACCCCGACUCCCAGGAGCUCGUUCGAUUGGCUGGCGUGGGCCCGCGGACAAUUGGCUCCACCCAGGUGGAGUCCAUCUAUAAAUACAGUUCAGACAGGAAGCAAUUUAGUGCCAUCCCUUCUAAAACCAUGGGCAUGAGUGUGGACGCCUUCACCAUCCCCGGCCAUCUUUGGCACGGAGGAGGCGCGGCAGGAGGAGGAGGAAGCAGGAGAGCAAGCAUUACUAAGAAGGCUGUCAGUUCCAAGUGAGGAACACAACCCAUCACAGUGACAGAUCAUUAAAGUAAACACUGUAAUCACACUGUUAUUAUAGUGAAAGCUGUAGUCAGAUAUGAAACAGUUAUUUAUAUGCAUACAGAUGAGUUUUUAGCCAUGUGUGUGCAUACAUACACCUUACCUCUCUUGCCCAUGGAUUUACUAGAAAUACAAAAUGUUAAAAAAACUUUUGUACUUCCCCUUAAUGUGCAUGGAAAUGUUAGCGCCAUUUUCUUUUCCUCGACAGAGAAGAGACACUCGUAUCCAGAGUGUACAGAGAAAGGUUUUGUAAAAUGUUCAGUUAAUUGCACAAGGAAGAGGUACUUUUAAAAAGUCUCGUUACUUAUACUUUCAUUGUUUGAAGUACAAACUCAAAGAUGACUUUUUUCUUUUAGAAGAAUUAUUAAAUUGUUUAUUGAAAAACACUGACUUUAAUAAGACACACAAUUACGGUCUCUUCCCUCCCUGAAGUCCUCAAGUAGAACACCAGUUUUAUACAUGAAGCCAAACAACAGAGAAAAUGCCUUCUAGUGUCAGAGUGACUGGCGGGACUUUUAUUUUGUACGACUUUAAAGUUAAAUUCUACCAACAAUUGUCGGUAGGAGGAGAAAAGCACAUUGGGUUUGCAAAAUGAAAGAUAGCCAUAACUGUAUGAUGCAGAGAGCAGAGCUGAACUCAAAGAUAUGUAAACGUGUCAGUGGUUUUCACGGAUGAUUACGACAGCAUCGAUGGUUGUUUACUGUGUGUGGUAUAAGCUUAUUUCAAAAUAAUAUCACAACUGUGGUGAUGGAACUAUGUUAAUAAUGGGUAUAUGUAUGAGCAUCGGAUGCCAAUUAAACAACACUGAGUUAAUAGCAUACUGAGGAUGAUAUGUGUCAUGCCAAGCUUACAUGUAGAAGUACCUGCAUUGUUGCACUCUUGGUCAGGGAUGGGUUUCGAUAGCCGGUCCUAUUUUUGGAUCCGGUUCCAAGUUGGUGAAAUGCCUGCAUUUGUUAAGCUUUGUGCCCACCGAAUCCUUUAUCAAAUAUUUCAUCCAUGAUUUCUCUCAGAUAGCCUCUUUUGCCUCUUUUUGGCAACGCAGGCAUCUGCAAAGAAAGAAAGACAAAUAUAAAAGAAGACCGACUGACUGUACAUGGUGAUCUGCCUUAACUAAAACGUUGUGUGAUUAAUGCGGUAAUGACAAGUUGCUUCAAUAUUUAUCUGCCGUCUAUUGUGUUUAAGUAAGAACUUGUGGUGUUUUUGGUAUCUUGGGAAGGAUGCCUGCACUGCCCAUCAGCCUACUGGUGUUACACUUCUGUGGCUUGUCAGAUUCUGUGACUUGUGGCAAAGCAACAACAAAUAUGUAUUGGGUAACAUUAAGUGCAUUGUGCAUGUAGAGAAAUUGGAGUUAUAGAUGAUAUUUGCUGAACGAUAAAGUAGAACCAACCUUAUUUCCACUGUGUUGUUUAUACUUUAGCUUCUGUGACUUCUCUAGCUGCAGCACAGCCCCCACCUCCCUCCCUACAUAUCAAGAUUCAAUCACUGGAUUUGGAACUGGUUUCAGUUUAAUUAAAAUGCUAUCGAACCCCAUCCCUACACUUUGAAGAGUGCAGACAAUUAAAUUGGUGUAUUUCAAACCAGCAUUCAUGUAUGAAAUAACAAACUGGAUUAAACUCCACUGAUGAAACAGUU